AUGGCGAGCAAAGCUCACUGCGCCUUCUGCUUCGAGACCAUCGCCGCGCACUUCGAACGUCGACAAGCACCCGGCUUGUCACAGGUAGAAGAGCUAUGGGAAGAGUGUCACGCGACCACCGGCAAUUCCCAAGUAGAUGAAGAGGACGAGGAAGAAGAUGAGGACGAUGGAGAGAUGACAGACGCUGAGGCAGAGACCGAAAGUGCCAAGCCAGCCGCCAUAUCGCGACUCCUCAAUAGAGAGCCGGCACAGUCAGCGACGUCGUCAAGCAGUAGUCUACCGUCAACCAAGUCAGGCACAUCGUCGAAUCAGAGCAACGAUUCCGGCACGGCGACUCCAGCGAGCAGUAUGAGCUCGAGAACAUCCCUAUCAUCCUCUGCAAAGAGCAAGUACCCGCUCUUCGUCACAUGGAACACCGUCUCACGCAGCGGCAACAAGACCCUCCGAGGCUGUAUCGGGACCUUCGAAGCACAGGAACUGGAGCACGGACUCCGCUCCUACGCCCUGACAAGCGCCUUCGAAGACACCCGCUUCCAACCCAUCCCCUCCGCCCUCCUUCCCUCUCUAUCCGCCCACGUCACGCUCCUCACCAACUUCUCCUCCCCCACCAAAGAUCCGCUCGACUGGACGUUGGGCAAGCACGGGAUCCGAAUCCGCUUCACAUACCACAGUCGCGGCUAUGGAGCGACGUACCUCCCUGAUGUCGCGAAAGAACAGGGCUGGACGAAAGAGGAGACCAUCAUAUCAUUGAUGAGGAAGGCGGGGUGGAGUGGGAGUAGUGGCAGUUGGCAGAAACAUUGGAGGGAUGGGAAGGGGGAGCUGGUGAGGUAUGAGGGGAAGCAGGUGGGGUUGGGGUAUGAGGAGUGGAAGGAGUGGAGGGAGUGGGUUGAGGAGCGGGUGGAUCAACAGAAGCUGAAUGAGAGGAAUCUGGAGUCUUGGUGA